AUGAAAGAAAGCAACGAACAACUUAUCAAAGUAGAGCUAGAAGAAGCCACUGAAACUGUCAUGGAAGACGCGCUAAAGUACCUUUACACUGGGAAUGUCACAGUCGUUGAGGAGAGAGCUCAUAAUUUGAUUGCAACUGCAAAUUUUCUUCUUUUGCCAAGCCUUAAAACAAUGGUGGGCAAUGUUUUGAAGAAAACUGUGACAACAGAGAAUUGUCUUUUUAAUUAUUAUUUUGCUGAAAAGUAUGAGUGUGUGGAGCUGAAGGAAAAAUGCCGUGAAGUGAUUAAGUCGAAAUUUUGUGUUGUCAUGGAAACAGAUGACUUUCUAAACCUUGACAUGAAGCAAGUUAUGGAGUGGGUGUCUCGUGAUGACGUCACUGUGAAUGACGAGGAAGACAUUUUCAAAGGAAUUGUCAAGUGGGUGUCUCACAACAAGAGAGAGAGAGAGAAUCAUUUUCUAGAGUUAUUGUCUCAGGUUCGCAUGACAUCAGUAUCCCAAGACUUUCUUCUAAACCAAUUGCCAAAAGAAGAGCUAGUCAUUAGUAAUGCUAAGAUUGGCUUGAAUUUUGUGUUAGAUGCCAUAAAAACAAAGCUAAGCACAACCGAUGAACAAGCUAUUCAACUACAACGGAAAUGCCUUGAAACACAUAUAGAUGGGAUUUUUCUUUGUGGAGGAAAAAAGGCACUGUGUUACUUUCCCCAGCUUGAAGAUGACAAUUGGUAUGAGAUGGCAGAUACACUGUUUGAUCAUGGAAAUCUCACUCCUGCGUGGUACAAUGGUAAAGUUUACAUUUUCGACUCAGAAGUACAUAAGGUGGGUGAUUCACCGGUGAUGGAAUGUUACGAAGGUAACAACACCUGGGCAGCAUUUCAAAGAGCUGAGGCUCCAACCAUUUUUAAUGGAUACACUGUUUUAAGUGAUGAAUUAUACGGAAUAUAUUUCCCUUACUCUUACAUGUAUGAAAAAUUGCAAAUCUUUAGAUAUGGUGCAGAAACCAAUGACUGGAAUACAAUGGAAUCCUCAGCUUUUGCACAAGAGCACCCAUGUGCUGUGAAUGAUGAGCAGUUUUUGUACAUAAUAGGUGGUAGAGAAACAAGCAGAACAAUGAGAUUUGAUUCUAGGCAAAACAAAUGGGAAGAAUUUGCAGCUAUAAAUGAGACAAGAUGUAAUGCUUUUGGUGCUGCCGUGAAUGGCAAAAUUUACAUAGCAGGAGGGCUGGGCCCCCAACGAGUGGUACUCAGCUCCUGUGAGGUGUACAACCCUGCUACCAAUGAAUGGCAGCUGAUGCCCAUGCUCAGAAGACCACGAUACAAUGCAAGCAUGGUGUGUUUGAAAGGAGAGCUAUACGUGUUGGGGGGGACCAGAGUCAACCGGAAAGGUUCUCAUGUAAGAGCAUUAACAAUUGAAAUGUUUGAUUCAGACAGCAAUAAGUGGAAGGAGAUAUCACAGAUACCAGUUGAAAACUUUGAAAGUCAAGAAGAAAUGAAGAAAGGAAAGAGAUUUCAGGCUUGUGUUGCAAGACUCUGCAAAAAACUGGUUAGCGAUCUUGAACCACUGGACCUGGAUCCCCUGUUUUAAAUGCACAUGUGUAUCAGUUACAUUAUUUUGUAGUCUUAUCAACUUUUGUCUCACAUCAUUCCUUUGUUGUUAUUCUUUAAAGCAUAGAGAGCAAAGUUACCCAAUUCCAAUGGUUGAUGUAGAAGACGUUUUUCUUACUUUUGGCAAUGAGCAGGAUAAAAUUACUCAAUAAUGAUUUUUUUACUGUUUCUCACUGCUGAUUCGCUAAAAUGUAUUUCGUGUGGUAAGUUUGCUUGGUGGCAUUUUUAUGAAAAAAAAAAAUAGAACAACAAAGGGCAAGUCCUGUUUAUGAAACGGUCAUCAGAUUUUUGUCUUGAUAUUAAUUGGGUGAAUAUCAGAUGAUUUUUCCCUGUGCACAUGCAUAUUUUAUUUUGUUUUCUUCUUCCAAAGAAAUGUGAAAUAUUAAAUAUUAAAAUAUGUCAGAUUUACUACAAGAAUAUCCAGUACUCAGAAAUAAGUAUUUUUAUGCAAUUAAAAGAAAAAAGAAUGCAUGUGGUAAAUGCAAAAAAAUAAUACAAAUAAAAAAGUAAAUGUUAUAGCUUAAGAAAAAUUAGACUGCUUGCAGUCUGCCUUUUCUCUUAAAAUUCGUCUAGUUCUUAUCUCAGCCAGUGCGAUUGCAAACCACGAUGUUAUGUUACAAUAGGAGAUUAGGACCAGACGAGAAAAGAUGGACUGUGGACUCUUUUGUAGUAAACAAACCCUCUGGCCCAGAAACAGAGUAACCGAUUGGUCAAUUUUACAGCUGCUGACAGAUCAUUGACUGGUCUGUGGUGGAGAUGCAAGCGAUAAAAAUGGUCACAUGUCACAACUAACUACGAACAACUGAUUAUGAACCUAGCGGUAAUCGCUUGUAAACUAAAACGUUUAUUAAAGGAUAUCUUACCAAAGGAAACUGCUGUAUAUUUCCUCAAGAGAAAGGAGUUCGAGAAAUCUUACUGGAUUUUUUAAAAAAGUAAAACUUUUCAGUUGUUUAUGUUCUACUGGUAUUUAUAAAUUGUUUCAAGUUAAUCAGGUUUAAUUGGUUGAUUGUUACCUUGACAGCUUCGUUGUCCCCAGACAGAACAAAACAGUCAGCAGCAGGGUUGUCAUUAAGAGCUGGGGGCCGGGGAUUUUCCCCGGCUACUAAGAGAGUGGCCCCCGGCUACUUUUAUUGGAAAAUAGAAGAAAAAUAGAACCAUAAGAAAUCUCUAGCCGUUUGAUUCCCCACCCACUUGUUGUAUUUACCCGACAACUUGAAAUCUUAGCGACAACCCUGGUCAGCAGUCUCUUAUUUUUUAUUCUCGGGCUUACGCCCUCAUUUAUCGUGGCUUGCGGCUUCACCACUUGCGUGCUUGAGUUUCUCGUGCAGUAACUUUGCAAAGAAAAUAAGAGACUGCUAGCAGUCUAAAGAAAAAAAAAACAAUUAACAACUUGCAAAGUGAAUUUAUGAACACCAGCACCAGCAACAGGCAAAAGACACAAAGAUAGGUCAAACAAAUAGUGAAACAAUUCUUACUGAGAUUUGACCCUUGCUAAGUUUCACACAAGUUUUUCUGCUUUCCAUUGCUAAGUUACUUUGUGAAAGAACUGAUUAUACUUGGACUGGUAUCUGUAAAGUUUGGCAGUAAUAAAUAAUAUUAAAGUAAUAGUAAGUAUUAGAUGAUGCAAAAGCUAAAGCAAAGAAUGGUAUAAUAAUGUAAUUAAUUAUCUUUAUUUAACCCAGCUUGAUUACCCUUUGCUUUUUGCAAGAGAUGUGCAUAUUUGUCUAAUUUUUAACUAAGAUUUAGAAAUUAAUAAAGUUGUUGUUGUUUUUGUAAUACUCUGGAAUUUUCCAGCCAAAGAAAGAAAUUGUUAAUUGCCUCAGACAUCAGGAGCAGGUGGUGGUCAUAAUGCUUGUUUGAAUCCUAGGGAGAGGGGGAACUCAACAAAUGUUUAUAAGGGGAGGCUCUGCCCCGAGGCCUGGGGGGUGUACUCCCCUAUAAAAGUGACGGGGGUGCUCGUCAGAAAGUUUUGAGAACACCUCUAAAAGGUACAAGAAUCUAUGUUUUAUGGGUGUGUCCCAAAUUCAUUUCCACCCCUAAGAGGUAUCAAUUCAACAGCAACAAAUUAUAUAACUGGCACAAAUACAUUUCUCAAAUCGAUAUAUAUAGCCUGCGUAGUAUGGCGGUUUUGGUUGGGCGCCCUAAGAAAAAAGGCUGGGCGUAACCUUACGGAGGGUCGUAAAAGGUACAGAGACAGCUCUGGCAGCAGUCAUUUUAGGUUUUAGCACCCUAAGCGCUACCAAUCCACAAAUUUAAACCCCUAAAAGGUACGACGAGCACCCCCGAUAAUUUUAUAGGGGAGUACCCCCCCGGGUACUGAGGUCCAACCCCUUACCCUUUUAUAUACCAUUUUUCCAAGAAAGGUAUCCAUUUAGUGUAUGUUAUAUUGACAAAUGGUACCUCUUUCACAUACCUUGUUUAAAUGCACUGUAUUUUAAAUAGCAAUCAACAGACUUCAUAAAGCCAUAAAAUUCAUCUGUUAGCCCUUUCACAAACACAAAUGACAGAUUUCCGUACCCUUUUUUAAUACGUCAACUUGAAAUCCCUAGCCUUUCAUAUACCCGAGGGCAGGUUCCAAAAAGAUACCCCUUUCGAGUGGCGCCCCCCGCAUAGGCCAUCAUAGGGAGUUCCCCCCCCCCCCCCCCCUCCCCGGAAAUCGAAUCUCGGGGUGUGGAUCGCGUUGAAACAAUUGUUUUUCUUUCUUAUACAUUUUUCCUGCUUUGGCUUCUUUCCUUUUGCCCAAGUUACCCUUUAUUUUUAUUGCUGACCCUCUACAGCUUCCGGAGGUUUUUGGGAAUAACGUAUUGCUAGUUUCUUAAAGUAAGGGAGGGGGAAGUGUUUUCCGUUUCCAAGUAGACGGGAGAACGCGGUAGCGUGUUCAAAUUCAAAGUUUUCAUCAGGAAAGAGGCCAGCUUGGCCAUCUCCAAGCGGAACUCUUGACCGGUUACCGGCCAUAUAGCCUCAGCGACAGCGUAAACUGAAAAUCACUCAAGACCGCAGCUUUGAUUUUUAAUGAUUUUCAAUAUCAAUAAAUUAAUUCCUAUUAAUUUUUAUGGACUAUUGUUGAUGUUAUUGAUUAUUGAUUUUGAUCUGAUUGAAUGGUAGGGUUAUGUAGCAAUGUGGAUUCACAUAGCCUGCGAAAACAUCCGUUUCUCCUCGCUCUUCGCCGCAGGGGACGUUUCGCGCGGAGGAACGUCUGCAACUCAGCGACAGAAAUUCCAUACUGAUGACGUAAAAUCUGUCCGGAAUCCGGUCAAAAGUGCUGAUUGGUCGACGGAGUAGUUACAUUGUUUUAGUUAUUGUUUACGAAUGACAGACAGAAGACAAAAGGCCACAAAGAUCAGAUGUAAACGAGAAGAAUUUCUAACAAAAGAGUCAAUAUUUGUGGAAUAUAGUCUUCUCUAGAAGAAGCAUUUGAGCUUUGCUGGAGCUUAUUAAGUUGCAGAUGAACACAACACUUUUCCAAAAUCGACCACAAGACACGUAAAAUUGGACAAAUUUACAUUUGGCACCCCAUGACUACCGGAUUUAUUAUCUAAACAUUGACUUGCGUCAUCAGUAUGGAAUUUCUGUAGCUGAGUCGCAGACGUUCCUCCGCGCGAAACGUCCCCAGCGGCGAAGAGCGAGGAGAAACGGUUGUUUUCGCAGGCGGUCAGUAUAAAACACCGACUGCGGACUGCGGACUGGGUAUAAAAUACGGACUAGGUAUAAAAUGUGGACUCCGGACUGAGUAUAAAACACGGACUAGGUAUAAAAUGAGGACUCCGGACUGAGUAGAAAACACGGACUAGGUAUAAAACGCGGACUAUGGACUAUGUAUAUAAAAACAGCUUUAGAAGGUAAAACUGAGAGAAUGGAAAGCGGACUAGCAAAAACAGUAGUCCCAGCUUAAACAUUCCCUUGGCUGUUCACGUAGUCUAUUCUUCCCACGGAGAAGGACGGUUAUGCCGGUAUUCAAGGCAAUUGAAAUUAAACUCUGAAUUUUAUAAAAAGGAGUUUGAAGAGAUUUCAGUUUGCAGUUUUAAAUCAAUAAGGAGCACCGAAUUAAAAAAAAUAGUAUUGGUGUUAGUCAGAUCAGUAAAAUUCUUAUCGGAUGCCACAAUUCCGUUUCAAAUAAAGCCUUAAUUGGGAAGUGAGGACUGAAUGAAGAACUCAGAUCAGAAGGUCAAUGUAGGGCAUUCCCGCGGUGCACAAAAGCAGUAUUUAGGGGGGAGGGAUUACUCACACACGUGAAUGAUAACCGAAAUGAGUCAUCCAACGUUAUAUUCUAAGCGAUGAUUAUGAUGACAUGAUUUACACCCUGCUCCUGAUCCCCGUAGGGGGGGGGGGGGUACUACUGGGAAUUCUUGGUGGGGGUGUGGUGCCCGGUUCUCCGAUUCCUGACCUAUUUGCAGACAAAAAAAUGUCAUUUUCCACACCCGUUUUCAGACUAGAUCUCUAAAACCCAUACCCAUUUUCGGACCUGGCCUAAUUUAGCCUGUUCCAGGCUCUCAGAUAAUGGGGAGACUCCCCAGUUUUCUCCCGUUUUAUUUUCGUGUUUUCGAUUUCUCAAUUCAGCGGACCCAACCAUCUCAGAGCCUUGAACAGGUUAGGUCUAAUCAGGCAGAAAUUUUGUCAUCAUUACAAAGUUAGAGUGGAAACAAAAAAAUUCUCCAAAUGCAUUUCGAAUUCGCACAUUUCUAUUUCGUCCUUAUUCAUUUGGAAUUGAAACGAUAAAUACGUCCAUUUAUGUACGUUCCCGUAGUUCCCUCGAAAACCAUACCCGAUUCCACACCAAAAUGGGCAAAGUGUUUUCACACCAAAAAGGCCCAAAAGCUACCCUUCCCUUAUAUAAGGGAAUACCACCCCUGAUCCUGACCCAUUUCAUGAUUGUUAGAGACCAAGACAGGGUCUAAAAAUGAGUGAAGAAAAUAGCAUUUUGAUCCGGCUCAUGAUUCAGAGAACCGGGCUGGACACCUCCACCAAGAAUUUAUAGGAGUAUUUGCAACCGUAACUCACGUGUCUUGCUAUUUAGCGAUCUUUUGAUCUUAUUUUUCCUUACCUAGAACUAAUUAGCACCAUUUUUACCAAAGUAGUCCGUAGUCCGUAUUUUAUACCCAGUCCGCAGUCCGCAGUCCGCGUUUCAUACCUUGUCCGUGUUUUAUACCCAGUCCAUAUUUUCCAGUCUGCGUUUUAUACCUGGUCCGUAUAUUAUACCCAGUCCGCAGUCCGUAGUCCGCGGUCCGCAGUCUAUAUUUUAUAAUGACCGUUUUCGCAGGCUAGGAUUCGCAGUUCUACACACUUAGGGAAAGUUCAUUUAAUAUGACAAAGGGGGGAUGAAGAUAUUGAAACUCGAAGCUUGAAAUUUUAGCAGCCCCCCUCGCUAGCGGUUCAAUUUUUUAGGAGCCCCCUCCUUGGUAGUCGAAAAAAUUUCAGAGCCCCCCCCUCCUCCUUCAAUUCCUUUGCUCCCCUGAAAAAAGAUCGCUAGACUGUAUUAAAUAUAUUUACCGUUAUUGUCUUCAAUGGUUUAUACUAUGACAAACUUGAGAUACAGUUGUGAUACAAUUUUCUAAAGCAUUUUUGGGAUGAACAAGAGUGUAAUAAUUACUGAGACUACAUUUGUUAUAUCUGUAAACCACGUGAUAUAGCUGGGUUGCACAGGUCAUUAAAUUGAUGAGUUGAAAACCAUCCGAUCUGUAUGAUGAUGUCAUGUGUUGGUUUUGAAGUAUACAAAUUUUCGGAGCCCCCCCUCCUAGCGCAACAAUUUUUUCAGAGCCUCCCCUUCGGGUGUCUCAAAAUUAUCGGAGCCUCCCCUCAAUAUCUUCAUCUUCCCCCUUGUCAUAUUAAAUGAACUUUCCCUUAGUACAUAUACUCAAAUGUUUACGGCGGACUGAUUAAGGCAGUUGUGAAAUUUUAGCUAAAAAGUCUUCAGGUUUCCAGUAGUUAGUUUACAUUAACGGAAAAUGGGCGACAUCCUCGCAUAUCCUCCAUUUUGUGGAUAGUGUCAGCGUGAGAUCUGGUAAUGAACUUGUGAACUUUUCCCCAGUGCUUUCUCGGUAAGAGUUUUCCACGCAAUGUGUGAUGGGUAGGGACGUUCACUUCCGCAUCAUCCUUCGAGAUGGAGUCUUUGGCUGAGUCGAUGUCUGCAGAUCCUUCCAAGCAUCGUCAAGAACUUCUCGAGCGUCUGGAUAUCCUAAGGAACAACGAUAGCUUUUGUGACGUGACGAUCGCAGUAAACGACAAAGAGUUCAAAGCUCACAGAGCUGUUUUAGCGGCGGCCAGUCCGUUCUUUCUGACACUUCUGACAAGCGACAUGAAAGAGAGCAACGAACAACUGAUCAAAGUAGAGCUAGAAGAAGCCACUGAAACUGUCAUGGAAGACGCGUUAAAGUACCUUUACACUGGGAAUGUCACAGUCGUUGAAGAAAGAGCGCACAAUUUGAUUGCAACUGCAAAUUUUCUUCUUCUGCCCAGCCUUAACACAAUGGCGGGCAAUGUUUUGAAGAAGACUGUGUCAACAGAGAAUUGUCUUUUCAAUUAUUAUUUUGCUGAUAAAUAUGAGUGUGUGGAGCUGAAGGAAAAAUGCCGUGAAGUAAUCAACACCAAUUUCAGUGUUGUCAUGGAAACAGAGGACUUUCUCAAACUUGAUCAGAAGCAAGUUAUGGAGUGGGUGUCUAAUGAUGAUGUCAUUGUAAAUGCCGAGGAGGACAUUUUCAAAGGAAUUGUAAAGUGGGUGUCUCACAACAUGAGUGGAAGGGAAGAAAAUUUACCUGAAUUAUUGCACCAAGUUCGCCUGCCAUUUGUGUCUCAUGACUUUCUUAUUAAUGAACUCGUAAAAGAGGAGCUGCUCACUAAAAACGCAGUAUUUUGUUCACAAUUUAUGAUACAUGCCAUUAAAUCAUUGCUGAGUUCUAAUGAUGGGGAAGCCUCUCACCAACCAAGGAAAUGCCAAGUGACACAUGUUGAGGGGAUUAUUCUCUGUGGAGGAAGACAGACACUGUGCUACUUUCCACAGACAAAUAUGUGGCACGGGAUGGCAGACACACUGUUUGAACAUGACUUUUGCACUUUCACUCCAGCCCAGUACAAGCAUAAAGUUUACAUUUUUGAUGCAGGAUCACAUAAGGUGGAUGAAGCAAGGGCAAGGGUGAUGGAAUACUUAGAAGACAACAACACCUGGCAGCAGCUAAAGGGGCUGCAGGUAGCAUUAACAUUACUCAUUACACUGUUUUAA